AUGAUCAACUGGUUAGGGCGAUCCUUCUCGAGAGCCACAUUUCGCCCGGUGGCAUCGAGCAACCUGAUUGGUGCGAAUGGUCGGGACUCUGUGUUGUCUCCGAUAAACGCCACGGUGCAUACCAGGUACUGGAGCAGUGGAGGCCUGAACCGGAAGAAGGAUGAAAAAGACCCGAAGGAGAAGAAGGAAGACCAGGAGGAGGAAAGGCAGCAUAGAAGUAACAAAGAGGGAAGAAUAGUCCAUGGACGAUGUGGGAGUACCACAUCGGUGGUGACUGGCUUGGGGUCGCAUUGGUAUCGGAGCCCGUGGGGGCUUGCCCGUGUGUACUUCGCAGGCCGGGUCCUGGGGGAGCACGAGGACGUGCUCUCUGUGGAUAAGCUUCCUCCGAAAUUCGAUUGGAGGAGUAGAGGAGUCGUAACUCCAAUUAGAAGUCAGGGAAAUUUUGGUAAUGUUAAAGUUUAUUUUAUACUAAACCUUCUAGUAUACAAUAUAUAUUUGUCAAUUUAUAAGUCAAUUUAUACAGCUACGUGUUGGGCUUUUGCUGCCACCGCUGUAAUGGAGAGCCUUCAUGCAAUAAAAACGGGCAAAUUACUUGUGCUUGCACCUCAACUUCUAAUUGAUUGCGUGGAAUCGGAAAAAAAAUUUGGCUGGGUCGAUAAGUCAUUCGACUGGGUGAUCUCUUCCUCAGGCAGUUGUAUGAGCCUUGAAAAGGAUUAUCCUUAUGUUGGUUUAGCUGGUCCAUGUAUGAGGAAUAUUGUUCCUGUACAACCGAUAUGCAUAGACAACCAUGCAUAUAUAACAUAUGCUUCAGAUGAUCAGAUGAUGCAGGUUGUUGCAAAACAGCCUGUAGUGGUUGGUAUUAAAGGUUGCUACGCAUUCAACAGUUAUACAGAUGCGAUUUAUCGUGCGCCGGAAGUGGAGGUAACUAAUCAUUUUAUCGUUCUCAUCGGAUACGACACCAUAAAUGGUGUCGAUUGCUGGAUAGGGAGGAAUUCGUGGGGAGAAAAGUGGGGCAUGAAUGGCUAUGUAUACAUAGAAAGACUUAAGGGAUCGAGAGUUGGAGUAGGUGGGAUUAAUUUACUUGUACAGUAUCCAACUUUUGGUGCUCGUCCUUAUAGGAAGAUGCGAGGUAGGUCUGAGGAGAAGUUACGAAAGUUUGAUGUCCUUAUAGGAAGAUGCGAGGUAGGUCUGAAAGUUUGA